AGCCCUCUAUAGGGACGUCAUGCAGGAGAACUACGAGACAGUGACCUCGCUGGGAUUUCCCAUUCCCAAACCUGAGCUGAUUGCCCGGCUGGAACAAGGGGAAGAGCUGUGGGUGCCCGAUCUCCAGGCCUGCAAGAAAAGAGAGAUCCCAAGAGGCGCCCACACAGCAGGUGCUGAGCGACUGAGUGAGAAUGAAGAGGAGAAUCAUGGUGCAGAAGUUCCUGGUAAAAUGGAACCAAAGGAGACCUUUCUGGGAAGUGCUGCAUGGAAUUUUUCCCAGUGCUUGGAACAGGCAGAUGCCUGGGAAAAUUGUCACAGGUCAGAGAGGCUGCGGGAAAACCACCCAGGGAAGAAAGUGGAUGAAUCUAUUAACUGUGGAAGAGGUAACGAGGAUCCCAGAGUGCAGCAGACAAAUCCCAAGGAAGAGACACCCUGGGACUGCCUGCAGUGUGGGAAAAGAUUCAUUCUGAGCUCACAGCUUGUAACACAUCAGACAAUCCAUACUGCAGAGAAACCCUCUCAAUGCUUGGACCAUGUGGAAAGCUUCAAUAACCCCUUAGACCUUAAUAACCAUGGGAGACGCAAUAACCAUGGGAGACGCCACACAGAAGAGAAACCCUCUCAAUGUCUCGAGUGCAGGAAAUGUUUCAUAUGGAGGUCAGACCUUGUUAGACACCAGGCAUUGCACACAGGAGAGAGACCC